CGUCACUCUUUCUGUCUCUCUCGUCCAUUUUGACUCGCUCUUGAUUGACACCAUUUUUCUUCUCGCCGAAGAGCACAAUUCAUGCUAUAAGAGCGAAAACAGAGGGAGAAACGAGGGAGAAAGGUGGUGGUUUUCUUUGGAUGCCCGCCAGUUCAGGUAACAGCCAUUUUCACCAUGUCAUACCCGGUCCUCCGCCUCUUCUUAUAGGUAUCCAUGGACGAUAGGAGGGAAAUAAAUCGCUCUGCCCGCGAUGGAGAAAUAGAUGAUAUGGGCGGUUGUGAAGUGGUGGGAAUAAGGAUGGAGCAACAACCGGAUUGCGAAACACCUGCAGUUGGAAGGAGUUAAUUCACGUCUUGGUGGAAUGCUAUGGUUUGGCAUGGUGGUUCUGUCUAUGAUGCUUGGCUUAAUGCUGUUGCUGCUCAGGUUGGGUCCUUGGUUCUUACACUUCCAUACACGUUCUCCCAAAUGGGUUAUGUAUAUGGAGUAGCGUCUCACUUUCUUUAUGGAGCUUUUGGAUGCUGGGCUGUGUACCUUCUUGGCCUCUUCCAUGCUGAGGCUUCUAGGAGAACGUGGGACAUUGGAAUCAUCCAUAAAAGGCACAUUCUAGAGUACCAUGAGGUCAUUGAAGUAGUUUCUGGGAAGUGGCUGGGUGGCUCUGUUCUGUUCUUCAACAUGGCUGCUCUUACUUUUGCAUGCAUAAAUCAACUGAUCGCAUGUUCCAGUGAGGUUACAUGAAUUCAAACUGGAACAAGAGGCAGUGGCUUUAUUUUUUUGGCACAUUAGCCAUUCCCAUUGUGCUCAUUCCCUCUGUUCAUAAUUUUCGUAUUGUUUCAAUCCUUGGAAUAGCAACUACAAGCCUCACUUCAGCAUACAUGACAGUUGCUUCUGUCUAGCACGGUCAGGUUGAGAAUGUUCACCAUCAGGGACCAAAGAACAUGGUCGACUUCUUUACUGGGGCCACAAACAUUUUUUUCUCUUUUGGGAGUCAUGGACUCUGCAUGUCAGUUGCAUUCAAUUAUCUGCUAAUGUUCAUCAGUUAACGUUAUCCUUGCGUAAUGCUUCCUUUUCAAGAGCCCAAACUCAUCAUGGCGUCACUGCAUGAGUUUGAACUUUCUCCUUCUGGUAUUCAGGUGGAUAUAUAGCAUGUGUCUGUUCAAUGAUUGAGUCAUGCUUUCUGCAGCGAGUUGAUGGAAGCAAUGUGGAGACCCAAGAAAUACAAAUAUGCUUACGCCUGUGCCGUGCUUUAUACCUAUUUGUUAACUAUUCCCGACUCUGUUGCUGUCUACUGGGCAUACGGCGACAUUCUUCUUCAUAGAUCCAAUGCCUUUGGGGUGCUUCCUCCAUCAAAAAUGAAAAAUGCUUGCAUUAUUUCUAUGAUUUUGCACCAGGUGAGCUCCUUUCUUGCUUAGAUUUUUCUGGAGGUGUUCUGUUCCAGCAGAUAUGCAACUGAUUUUUCAUCGUUUCAUUGUCUUCUGAAGUAUGUUGCAUUCCUAUUGAAUGUGAACCCUUUAUUUCUAGCAUGGGAAAAGCUAACCGGUGUUCACUUGAAGAAGUUUGCAUUGAGAGCACUGGUGAGGGUGCCCGUCGUGCUGGUAAUCGGGUUCCUGGCUUUGGCUAUUCCAUUUUUUGGACCCUUAAACUCGGUGAUGGGAGCCUUUCUCAUUUCCUUUUCUGUUUACAUCAUUCCUAGUUUUGCGUUUAUGAAGUCCUAUAAGCAAAGACAAUUCAUAAUGGUAAUUUCUUUCUCUGCCACUUUCACUACAGAGCUUGAAUUAGAAUUCCUUUUCUUUUUCUUCUUCUAACGCCAAGACACUCGUCUGUCCAUAUUUCUGCUAUUUAUGCUAUUGCCAUAUAAUUGAAAUUGCAGAUACAAUCAGAAACGGAACAAGCCUGCAGGCGUGUGAUGUUCUUCCUGAGCGCAUUCAUAGCAGUUUGGGUUUUCAUUUUUGGAUUUGGUUUUGGUGGUUGGGCGAGCAUGACCAAAUUUGUGCAGCAGAUUCAGUCAUUUGGUUUCUUUGACAAAUGUUACCAAUGUCCCACAAAGCAUUAUGUGACAUAGGGUUUUCUUACUACUUGGUACUACUUUAUGACUGUGCUGGCAUAUGCUU